CACGAGAUCAGCUAUUCGCCCGGGGCGCUAGGCUUGGUGCUUUACCGUGCACCACCUGUGCGCAUGCAGGAGUCACCCAACCGUGGUGUGUCCGUGGCCUGCUGAGCUGAGCUGUACGGUACCGGUACCUGCCUGCAUUCGCGAUUGUAAUUAGACUUCUUGGUGGUGACGCUCGGAUUGGUCAGCAGCAUUUCACGAUUCGCGCUUUGCAUGCUUAACAAAGCCUUUCCCUCGACACACAUUCACGAUUCGCGAUUUGUCAAUCGUGGUGGACGCUUGCAGCCUCGUCAGUCGUGGGUCGUGCAUCAUCCGCGAAACGCUUUAAGCGAAAGUCCAAGUCACCAGUGGAACCUUAUACAUUGGCACGAGCAACAAAGGACGAUCGAGCUGCGCGCAUCCCACACAUAUGUCCGCGAGUCCUUUACGGGAAAGCGUCAUCCCUCUUCCCUCGAGGAUGAUCGAACCCGUCGUACUCAUAUGCGGCACCGUGGAUCACGCCUGCGACGAGCAGAAAGACAUUCUCGAGUCUGUGGGCACCGUUCAUAAGCUCGAAGCGCAGACGAGGGAAGAUUUCUUCGAGUCCCUCGCAGAAGGAGGUACUCUUUCAGGAGUGACGCACAUCUACAGACAUAACAGCAGUGCAGACAAGAUUGGGGUGUUCGACACAGCUCUCAUCGAGAGGUUGCCGAGCUCCGUCAAAGCUAUAUGUCACAAUGGAGCUGGCUAUGACCAGAUAGAUGUGACUGCGGCCACAAAGAGGGGAAUUUGGGUCAGCCACACGCCUGGAGCGGUGGAUGAAUCAACUGCAGACGUAGCCAUGUGGCUCAUCCUCACAUCGCUCAGACGGUUCGAUCUAUCUAAUCAGAAUGCCAAGCAAGGCAAGUGGAAGUCUGGCUUGAUUCCCGGCAGAGAUCCGAACGGCAAGACGUUGGGAAUUGUAGGCUUGGGAGGAAUCGGAUGCGCCCUCGCUCGAAGAGCAGCGGCCUUUGGAAUGUCCAUCAUCUACCACAAUCGAAAUCCUUCACCAUCUGCACCAAAAGGAGCAAAGUACAUCUCCUCCCUUGCAGAGCUGCUGAAACAGGCGGACGUGGUAAGCCUCAACUUGCCCCUGAAUGACCAGACGCGAGGAACGUUUGGCAGAGAGCAAUUCGAGAGGAUGAAGCACGGAGCUGUGCUCAUCAAUACUGCCCGUGGAGGUGUCGUGGACGAGGAAGGAAUGCUCAAGGCGCUCGAAAGCCGGCAGCUUGGCGUAGCAGCGCUAGACGUCUUUCCAAACGAACCUCACAUCGACGAGCGUCUUCGCGAUCAUCCAAACGUCAUCGUUCUGCCCCACGUCGGCACGCAAUCCCUCGACACGGAGCACAAGAUGGAAUUGCAGACUUUCCGAAGCAUCAGAUCUAGCAUCGAUCGUCUCUUGCACAAUGCAGACGAUGCGGGUAAACCGGACUUUUUGGUAAAGGAGCAGCAACACCUCUAAAUUCACGAUUUCAAUUUGCCCCAGCUUGCUCCAACUUGCGCCUCCCGCGCUAUCUUCCGGCAUGCCUGUUCGUUACUGCGUAUCUUUAUUUGCCUGCUGGAACACUUGCAAUUUCAAUGUUCACUCACGCCCCUAGCCCAU